AUGUCACUCCACGGGACCAAAGCCUCGUUCGACCCGCUGUCAGCGGCUGGCGAAGCCUCGGACGAAACAUUCACCACCGUCUAUGACUCGACAUCGCAGCUGGCGCCGCCGCCGUCCGAGGCGGUAGGAGCUGCCGCGCCUGCUGCCGCGGUUGGCGUCGGAAUGGGCGCGCCGGCGUGGGAAUACGACAGUUUCAUGACGGCACGGAGCGCGAUGUCGUACAUGACGUCAUCCCAUGGGGUGACCACGUCCGCUAUGUCGUCGCAGCCGCAGCCGCCGUCGUCGACCUUUCCGUGCCUCGCGGAACGGCCUGUCGUACAAGGGCCGCCGCCAGGGCCGAGUGGCGGCGGCGUUGUGGAUCCGUACGAUCCAUUCCUGGCCAGCGCAGGGGCGCCGCCACCGCCGCCGCCGCUGCCGCCAAUGCACCCACCGCCCCAACUGUCGAAACAGCAUCACACGGCGGGUCUGCUUGACGACAGCAACCCCUUUACUGCAGCCGUCGGUCCGCCUUACCAGCAGAGUACGACAGCGGUGGCGGGGCCGCUCAGCUUUGGUGAGGACGCCGAUGGUCCCGGUGUGGCGCAGACAGCGGCAGCGUUUGCCAUGCCGCUUGACUUGUACGACACACCUGAUGCAUUCAUGCGGCCUAACGCUGCUGCUCCACCAGCGGUGGGCGUGGCGGCGCCUCCGCCUCCGCCACCGGCGGGGCCCGCCACGGCUUCCGCCGCGGCGGCACCGCCACUUCCGCCGCUGUACGACUUCACGCGGGAGUUCAGCCGGAUGCUACUCGUCAGCGAGGAUCCUGCGUCGCCUGUCGACGGCGGCGGCUCCGCUUGGUACGACAACGGCCAGCUCAGCGGCGCCAGCGUCAGCGCAACCGCUGGGACUAGCGCGGCCGUGCCGGCAGCACCCGGCAGCUUCAGCGGCCCGGAUGCCGCCGUCAGGGGCACUGGCGCCGGUGCCACCCUGGCGUCGUACACCGCCGCCGCGCUUCUGACUAAUACUGUAUCCGUACACUCGCCCCGGAAGGCAUUGGCGCCGUCGCGUAUUCCUGGUCUGUCCGAGCCGUACAUUAUGUACCGCAUUACCAGCCGUAGCGCAGUCAGCCCCGAAACCACGGUGGAGCGCCGUUUCCGCGACGUCGUGGCACUUGCGGAGCUGCUACAGUCGAGCUACCCGGGGUGUUUCGUGCCUCCUCGUCCCAGUCGCAAUGCCGUGGAGGGUAGGAGGAUGCAACCUGCGUUCAUUGAGGAGCGGCGAGCCGGGAUGGAGAAGUUCCUAAGAAGGCUUGUCGUACACCCUGUGCUUGGGCCGAGCGAGGUCACGCAGGUUUGGUUGCAUUCUCCCAGGCCCGACUUACGACUCGCCCCGGAGUGGGUUCGGCUGCUGCCAUCGGGCCCACCCGGGCUCGCCAAGAGUACGGCAAGGCUGCUCUUCCAGCGGGGAGAUAUGUACCGCCUUGUACGGGAGCGUACGGCACAGAUGCGAGGGAUACUUGCACGAGAGCAGCCAACCGCCGUGGAGGUCCAGCUACGGGAGGAGGCGGCGGCGUUGCAG